CGGUUAAUCCAUUCAGACAAAAACGAAACUAAAAAAGGGAUGCUGAUAAACUUGUUUUGUUGUUUAGAACGGUCAUUUUUUUUUUUUCAAAGAAGACAAACAGGGUUGCUAAACUAGUUACUGGAAAACGGUCUUGACAUAAUGUCUAGUGAUGAUAGUUUUCCACCAGAAUGGCAAGAUGACCAGCGAAUGACUGUUUUAUUUGCAGCUUUCAGGGACAAGUCAUUGAACCCCCAUUCCUGGAAUAAAAAAAUGAAUUUUUGGAUGAAUCUUAUCACAGAUAGAUGUAAAAAGAAUAAUUCAUGUGUUGUCAGUUUAGAUGAUUUACCCACUCAGUUUGAAAGAAAGGGGAAGACACCUAAAUGUUUGGAUUUAGUUGUUCAGGAAAUGACAAGGUUAAAAAGAUUACGUAAUAUAUCUGAUAUUGAAGCUAGUUCUACUGGUUGGUUAUCAUGGGGUUAUAAUGUAAUGAAGAAACCUGUAUCAUGGAGUUUAGGUCUCCUUGGUGGAAAUAAAGAAAACACAGAAAAACUAUUUUAUAUACCAGAUUUGUUACAGGAUAAAUGUAAGAAACUGUUAAGGAGACAUUAUGAUACAGUGGAAUAUGAAUCAACAGAUAAUCUAAUAGAACUAUCGAUAUUAAAAGACAAGUAUCAUGAUUUAUUUACACAAGAUUUUGAUGUAGUUUUACGACAGUUAGAAGUUGAUAAAAAGAUAAUUAUUGCUCAAACUAGUGAUAAUGAUACACUUGUUAAGUUUUGUAAACAGAGUGAUAAAUCAGUUGAAACAAUACAGGACAGUGAUUUGAACGUGUACAGAAUCUUAAAAGUACAGAAAGAUUUGGAAAAACAAGUAGAAAUACUAUCUGAGAAAUGUGACAGAUAUACAGAAGAAGCUAGAUUAUUUGUAAAACAAGGAAAAAAGACAAAGGCAAUACAUUCAUUAAGAAAGAAGAGAGCUAUAGAAAAGUCUAUUGACCAGAAAACUAACUCAUUAGAUAUACUACAUACUAUGACACUUAAAAUACAAGAAGCUGCUAAUAAUGAAAUGGUUAUAAAAGCGUAUGAAUCGGGUGUGUCUGCUCUUAAAGCUGCUGGUAAAGAUAUUGAUAUUAAUAAAGUUGAUAAUGUUAUGGAUAAUAUACAAGAGUUGCUUGAAGAUCAAGAGGAGAUAAACCAGACUCUAUCACGAGGGGAGGUAACUAUGGGAGAUACUACUAUUGCUGAUCUAGAAAGUGAAUUAGAAAAUAUGUUAUUAGAAGAUAAACCUAUUACAGAAAUUGAUGAUUCAACUUCUUCUACAACAGCAGAUCUUAACUUGCCAAGUGUUCCAAGAUUUUCACCUACUGGUUAUGCUACAGGGAGCAGUUCCAGCAUAGUACCUGGCAGUUGAACUUGAAUAUUUACACUACCACUGUUCUGUGUUAUGUUAAUUAAAAUAGAUAAAUGUUUCUAAACAUACAUUCUCGCGAAAGUAUUUAUCAGGUGGUUAUUUCCAAUAAAAGUAUGGCAAAUUUGGUAUGGAAGUAUAGAUGCCCAAUCUUACUAGAAAAAUACUGGAUUACCCAAAAAAAACACCCAUGGGGCAAAUACUGAGCAAAAAUGUCAGGGUGUCACAAACUGGCAACCCGACGGCUUAUUGUCUGCCAGCUUGACUUGGGGAGCGGUUGUUAUUUCUUGAUUGAAUGGUUAGGCGGUUUUGGGAACAUUGAGGGGUGUAAACGUAUAACAACAGAAAGAGAAGUUGGCAGAAAAUAAUUCAAGAAUUUACUUGGGCCUCAAUAUGUAUGGUAAAUGGACAGUAAGUAAUGACAAAUACAUUUUGAAAAAUGGGCCCUCCCUCAAUCAAGUGAGUUGACAAAUAUGACUUCUAAAAAUAGAUUUUUUUUUAUAGCUUGGGGUUUUGAGAUGUAUUUGGAGCAAAUUUUUGAUAUAUUAAUUAGUUUGAACAUUUAUUUAGUCCGAAUAUAUCAUCAAAUCGCACAGUUUAUACACAGGAAGGUAUCUUUAAGUACAUGUAUUGUAAAUGUAAGGUUUGAAUGUUUGAUUUUUCAGUUUUACUGCAAUAAAAUUGAAUAUGUUAAUUACCCAUAAACCUCAAAAUAUCAAAUUUCUCACGGCUUAAUCAACACUAAUAUGUACUUAGAUUUAUUAUUCAAGAAUUAUGAAAUCAAAAUAUGGAUGCUAGAUAAUCUUUCAACUUGGAUUCAAUCGGAUUAAAAACAGGCCAAUCUAUUAGUUUUUGUAAAAACAAAGACGGUGGUGGGCAACAUACCAUAGAUGAUGAAAUUUCAGUUCAUCAUAUAUCUUUGUAAAUACUGAAUGGAAUCAAACGUUUUUCAGACUGAUAUAUCUGUUUGAUAUUCAACUUUACAAUAUUUUAUUUUGCAAGGGAUUCCUAUAUUGCUAAAAUCAUGCUCAAAGGUUUGAAAUAAAUGUCACUAUUGUAAAUACUUAUACAUAAUUGAGUAUGGUUUUGAUAUAAAAUAAAAUGAUACUGUAUAAUAAUAUAUUUUCUAUUUUAAAAGACUGUAAUAGUUCAAAAAUAGAUAAUUAUGCAAAAUGAAUAUAUUGAAAAUUUCAUUCAAAUUACUUUAUCCCGAGCAAAGUUAUCAUGUUUGUUCAAACAAGAUGUGUGCAUUGAUUGUUUAUUAUUGUAACCAUCGUACUAGUCAAUCAAGACUUGGCCUUGCUUCUCCAUUUUUAAAUUGAAUCAUUAAAUGGUCGAACCAUCUUAAUCUACUUAAAAUCAGAGCCAUCUGAUGGCCUAGAAGGUAGAUUAUGGUCUUGUCAUGUUAAUAAAUGUCUGAUAUAACAUUUAAGACAUACAGAAAAACCUGCAAUUGGCAGAUUUAGCUCUUGAAUAAUGCCUCUUUAAUUCUUUUGCAGUUUUAGGCAAAUGAUUAGAUAAAGAAUUUACCUGUCAACCAUCUGUUGUAAAUAAAUCAAGGCAGAUAAUAUUAUAUUAUGGCAUUGCAUUUCGUUUACAGAUGUAUGAUACAUGUAUUUUUAGUGUGGUUUUAGAUAACCAAAUAUCAAUUUGAAAUUAUUUUACAUAUAAAUUAAGUUAUUGUAAUGCAUUGUUUGUGAAUGAAUCAUGAUGUAUAAUAUAUUGUUAAAGUGCAUCUAUUUACAUUUCACUUUAAUACAAUCUUUAUAUUAUUAAUGUUUGUUAAAUGUUGUGCUCAGACUGGAAUUUACAAUCAAUAUAAAUAACAAAACCAUAUUUUGUUUGUUGUAAUGUAU